UGGCUACGAGAUUGUUCACAAAAACACGCGCUAUGCCGGCCGCCUCAAAUUAAUAUGGUGCGCCCAAUUCUUCUUGUCGAUGUCAUUGCUCGCAGUUUGAUCAAAUACUCACCGGCUCAAAAUGGCCGUUGCAACUACGUGGCACUAAGUUAUAUCUGGGGGAAUGUUCACCAGGAACCUGCAAAGCUCGGUCAGUUGCCCCAAAAUCUUCCGCAAACAAUUGAGGAUAGUAUCGAAGUGGUAAAAUCACUCGGUCAACGAUAUCUGUGGGUGGAUUCAUUAUGUAUCGACCAGGCUGAUGAGGAGGGGAAAGCGCGUCAAAUA